AUGGCGCAAAGAAGACUGUUUAUCGGAAUCCAAUCCAGCAAAGCACGUUCAGCUCUGGAACUGAGGGCAAAUCGCGCGCCAUAUGUUCCACGAAUCAUCGCUUCUGGGUCACCGGACAUACGGAGGGAGAAAUGUGAAAGAGGUCCAGAUUUAGCCCUACAAUAUACCAAAAAUGUGGCCGCUGACCCUAGAGAUUUGGAGGCGCCCGUCGGGCAUCUCAUUGAAAAGCACCAGAGACAUGUUUCCGAACGAACCGCACAGAAGCGACUAUCAACGGGUAUCCAAUCAGGCAGAGACUCUUCCGCACGUUCGCUCAAUACAAUACCCAACCUAGCAUAUCUAGCAUAUCUAGCUGCAGCGGCCUCUGCAUCGCCAGAGGUGCGCAGUCGGAAUCUGGCAGAGAGCAACGGGGUAGUCAUUUCUAAUACAGUACUUGCGUUCUGCGUCCUUGUUUCUGGCAGACAAGAUACACCAAAUAGAGAG